ACCGUCGGGUCGAGCACUUUGAGAAAUUGAUUGCGGGACACCUCAGAGCAAGACGCAAUGAUUUUAUCAGCCAUGCAGUAGGCGCUGGUGCACAUGUACCAUGUCCUGUGGUAAUCGUACAUGUAAGACGGCGCAUAGUCUGCCGAUUUUUUUCGGUCCCCAAAGUUCCGGGAAAGUCAGUUGAUUUGCUCCGUAUCUUUUGGAGGAAUGCAAGGGUCCGCAUACGAGGUCAGCCAGACGCUUACCUCACGCCAAGAUUGGGACAGCCCUCAAGGUUUUAGCGUCGCGCGACUGACCGCAAGGGGUACUCUGGAAGCUCAACUACCGUACCGCAAUUCGCUGCGGCUGGCCUUUUCGAUUCCUAGGGCUGUGAUUCUCUCAGCAACACUUCUCUCGGUGUUUGCGUCAAUUUCACGGCUCGACGAUACCAUCAGGCUUUGGUGGCUUCAGUUCAGGGAGCACGAUAAUGACCGAGCAGUGAAACGCUUUGUCUCUCGGACGCGACGUCCCCCCACUAAUACCGUCAGGCUCUGGCCUCGCCAGCUUGCCACCUUCAACGAUCCGGCUUCGAGGCAUCUCAACGACUGAAACCGUUUGACGGCUGGACCGCCGUCCGCAGCCCGCAGAUCUCUCCUGAUAUAUUUCCAUCGGACAUUCUACACCAUGGCGACCGGUAGCGCUCGCUACGUCCGCUACAUCCUCGUUGCUUUCUUUUCUUCUACUAUGUAUCGAACUC